CGGGGCCCGGUUGCCGUGACGUCACAGCCGGGGCCGGGCGCCUCCCGCCGUGCCCCGCGGCCGGAAGUGGCGCGCGCAGGGAGACGUGUCGGAGCGGCGGGGCCGGAGCGAUGAUCACGGACGUGCAGCUCGCCAUCUUCGCCAACAUGCUGGGCGUCUCGCUCUUCCUGCUGGUCGUCCUCUACCACUACGUGGCCGUCAACAACCCCAAGAAGCAGGAGUGAGGAGCCCGUGAGGCCCGCACCGCCAUGACUCCCGCCGCCCGUCCCUCCCUCCCUCCCUCCCGAGAGGCGCGAGGCCGAGCUUCUUCCAAACCGGCUUUAACGGGAACACGAUGAUACGCGACAAAA